GCGACGCCGUGAGCCAUCUGGGUCGGCCCGACGGCACUAGGAUAUCCCUAUCUCUCGGUCGAAAGUCACGCGUAAACAAACUGAUAAUACGCAUUCGUCUUCGCGACGAGAAGUGUGGAUCAACGGCGGAACGUAUUUUGGCGAGUUGACGUGAGCUCUGUGUCUUCGAUUCACGGUUGUCUCGUUCGUUCGUUCAGGCGAUCCCGCUUCCUUCGUGUCGCCGUUGUGCUUCGUCUCUGCUCGUUUCCGUCCCUCGUACCGUGUCGCGGAAGAUGAAACGGUGCGACGUAAUAAUCGGCACGAAUUAGCUCGUUCUCACUCACGCUCACCUCUCCACCUGUCCGCGCUGUCUUUGUCGCCCGUCUCCUACCGAAUAGCCAACAUGUCAGACGUCAAGAGCCUCGAACACCCCACGCUGAAGGUACCAUAUGAACUACUGAAUAAGAAGUUUCGCUCCGCUCAGAAGGCUCUGGACAGAGAAGUUUCUCACAUCCAAACAGUGUCAAACGAGCUGGAGAAAGGGCUAAAGAAUGACGGGUCCACAUCGUACGUCGCUACUGGUGAUAUAACGAGACUGCUGGGUGGAGUGGUAGCGAAGCUUCAAGUGUUGAAACGUAAGGCGCAAGAGUCGAUCGCUGAAGAGUUGCAGGCUGGUAUGGUGUGUAAGAGGAGACUUGAUCAUCUGAAGGAACAUGCCAACACCUCACCGAGCGCUGUGAAUCAGUGGCGGAGACAGAGACUCGAUAGGAUGUUGGUGGAGUAUUUCCUUCGCAAAGGAUAUUACAAGACAGCGACCAAGCUGGCAGAUAGCAGCGAGCUCAGGGACUUAACGAACAUAGAUGUAUUUAUGGUGUCACGGGAAGUGGAGAAAUCCUUAGCGAAUCACGAGACCGCGAGGUGCAUCGGUUGGUGCCACGAUAAUCGCUCGAAACUGCGAAAACUCGGCAGUACGAUGGAGUUCAACUUGCGCGUACAGGAGUUCAUCGAGCUGGUGAGGAGCGACCGGAGGCUCGAUGCCGUCAAGCACGCGCGCAAAUGCUUCGCCAGUUACGACGAUUAUCAGCUGCAGGAAAUCCAAUGUUGCAUGGGUCAAUUGGCCUUCCCAGCUAACACGUGUCUCAGUCCGUACAAAGACCUACUGGACGAGAAAAGGUGGGAUAGAUUAAUCGAACAGUUCAGGCACGAGAACUACAGGUUGUUUCAAUUGGCUAGUCAGAGCGUCUUCACAGUUGCUCUUCAGGCCGGCUUGUCGGCGCUUAAGACACCUCAGUGUUACAGCAAUAACAAGGAGGGCAGAAACCCAAGUUGUCCAGUUUGCAACGAGGCACUGAACGAAUUGGCCACACCGUUGCCUUUCGCACACUGUUCGCAAUCACGACUUGUUUGUAGCAUAAGCGGUAAACCGUUAAAUGAGUACAAUCAGCCUAUGAUGAUGCCGAACGGAUAUGUGUAUGGGGAACAAGCUCUAGAAAAGAUGGCUCAAGAGAACAACGGUACUGUGAUUUGCCCGAAAACCAAAGAAGCAUUUCCGUACAAGAAGAUCGAGAAGGUUUACGUUAUGUAAAUCGGACGGAUUUGACACAGCAUAUAUGUCGUAUUAUAUGCAAUGCUUACUGAGGCGCUCUCCUUGCUCUAAUCUCUUAUUUAAUUAAUAUAAUUGUGUACCGACCGAUUAAUGGAACACGAAAAUAACAUCUAUUUUUAAGGAAAAUCGAGACCGGCCGAUUUAUUCAUUGCUCACCCUGUAUAGUAGAGAUACGAGCAACCGCGGAGGUAAAGAGAGAGUCAUCUAUCCUUAGUAACACGAAUCUUUAAAUUAAUUUUAGAAUAGAUUUUUUUUUAUAUAUUAUGUAUCUUUUACUAUUGAUAGAAUGUAGAGGGCGUUUCACAGCCGUUGAGAAAUAUUUAAAUAGCAAAUUCCGGAAAUUCAACCGAAGUUAAAGAUCUUAAUAAUUCCCUCUAAUCGUUUUGCCUCAAUUAAUUCUUAAUAAGUCUGAUAUUAAGAAUGCUAAUGCUCGACUUGGACCGUUAUUAAUAUCUUCGAUUCUGAGAACGAAUUCCCGAGUAUGUUAUUGAGAUACUUCACGAUGAUUGUAAGGCAUUCUCUCUGCGUGUAUGCGUGCGUAUGUUGCCAUUCAGCAGCGCUAGAUUAAUGAGGUCUAACACAGCCAGUUAGUCCUUACUCAUUUAUUUAACAUUCUUUCUACAAUAAAUUGAACGGUUCAAAUAG